UGGCGAUGGCGUCAUCCGGCAGUUUUCAAUUGGCCGGCGACGUGGGUGACGUAGGCAGACAACAACAGGAACCGCAGGCCGCGGCAGCGCGUACCGUCAGCUCAGAGGCCCCGAGGCUCCAGCACAGUGAAUCACCAUGAAUGCCAUAUUUGGGAGGAGAAAGACCCCGGAGGAGAUGCUGCGGCAAAACCAGCGAGCUCUGAAUCGAGCCAUGAGGGAGCUGGACCGCGAGAAGAUGAAACUGGAACAGCAGGAGAAGAAAAUCAUUGCAGAUAUCAAGAAAAUGGCAAAACAAGGACAGAUGGAUGCAGUUAAAAUAAUGGCGAAAGACUUGGUGCGAACGCGACGCUACGUGAAGAAAUUCAUCAUGAUGAAGGCGAACAUCCAAGCUGUGUCCCUGAAGAUUCAGACGUUAAAGUCCAACAACACCAUGGCUCAGGCCAUGAAGGGUGUCUCCAAGGCCAUGGCCACCAUGAACCAGCAGUUGAAACUGCCUCAGAUUCAGAAGAUCAUGAUGGAGUUUGAGAAGCAGUCAGAAAUUAUGGACAUGAAAGAGGAAAUGAUGAAUGAUGCUAUCGAUGAUGCCAUGGGCGAUGAAGACGAUGAGGAAGAGAGCGAUGCCAUUGUGUCUCAAGUGCUAGAUGAACUUGGUUUGAACCUGACUGACGAACUGUCCAACCUUCCGAGCACCGGAGCGUCACUCAGUGUUGCUACUGGGAAAAAAGCAGAGCCUGUGGUCCUGGAAGAUGCAGAUGCCGACUUGGAAAAACGGCUUAAAAACCUCCGUAAAGACUGAGGGAGUCGAAGAUUUUUUCCUUUUUCUUUUUGUUCAUAUUUUAAACUGGGGGUUGGGGAAGGAGGAAUACUACCCAGUCUAUAUAGAGAAAUGGUGAUUUAGUUAUCUUUUUCAUUUUGUUUUAUGGAAUGAUUGCCCAGCUGUGCAGCUGGAUUCUGCAGGAUCUCCUCUACCCUGUGCCGGUGUCUGAAAGCACAGGUUGGCAGUGCCGCUAACGUAGCGAGCAAAACCCAGACUGGCCAAUACGGCUGGUGAUACAGGGCAAUCUGCUGUUAAAUACAGUUAAAGUUUUGUUUGCAAGCACUUUUCUUCUUCUUUUUCGUCCUCCCCUCCGUUGUAUUGUUUCUUGAUGCCCCUCUGCUGCUUGGCUUUGAUAACCACCAAAGUGGCAGAGCAUAAGGUUCUGACCUUUAACCCCACACAGGCCUCCUGCCCUUGGGGAGUAUUUAAACUGGCAGUGGAGGUAUAUCAGAAGAUAACAUAACUGUGUACGUACAUGGGAUUGCCUUUAAUUUUAUUUGAGGCACGGUGCCACGAUGUCCCUAUUGGGAAGGGAAUCUGAUUACCGUGAUGUUUUGCCAGGCCCUGUGGAAACGGCAAAGCCCCAGUGACUCACUGACAAACCGCGGGCUGCUUCACAUUCGCACUAAUAAGCCUGGUCCCUGGUGUAGAUUUCGUGUUCUGCCCAUGUGCUUGUAACGCCACAGUGACACUGUAAACCUCAGCUCCUGCAACAGUGCCUUCUUCCCUGAAGGUGGCGUUACCUGUCACGGUGUGGUGAAUCCAGGAGUACAGCUCCUACCAGCCAUAGCUUGUUCAAAUUGCUGGGCAACAGUUGGGCACUCUUCCUCUUCUUUACCCCCCCCCCCCCCCCCCCCCCAACUACCCCCAAACCAUUUUUAAAAAUGUUUAUUCCUUAAGAUUUGUAUAUAACAGAGUGUGCAGUAAGCCCAGAGCAUGUUUGCAGUUUGGUGCCGUUCUA